GGAGCCGUGGCGGCAGAAGCAGCAGCAGCACUAUCAGUCACAGCAGAGGCAGCAGCGGCAGCAGCAGCAACAAACUCUCUCCCGUCUUUUCCUCUUCUUUCUGGAGUUGUUUCCUGCUCAGAGGACGAAAGCCGAGGAAGUGGGAGGGAAGUGAUCCAGGGCUGAUAGCUGCCAUCAAAAACAAAACCAAAACGCAGACCUGGCUGCCCCCAUGCCUAUCGAAUUUGUUUGCAAAAUCAAAUUUGCAGAGGAGGAUGAGAAGCAGAAAAGCAAGCAGGAUGGGGACAAGGAGAGCCUGAUCGAGGAGAGCUGCACACCUCCGGCUAAGGACUUGGCCGGGUUUGCUAACUCCUGCUCCCUCCAUGGGAUUAACCACAUCUUUGUCUCUGGUCGCCUGGGCAUCCGGCAGACUCUCUGGGCUCUUGCCUUUUUGACAUCACUGGCUCUGUUUCUGUACCAGGCGGCUAAGUGUGCCAUCUCUUACCUGGAGCACCCUCAUGUCACGGCUCUGAACGAGGAGGCAACCCCGGAGAUGGUUUUCCCCGCUGUGACCAUCUGCAACAUAAACCGCUUUCGCUUCUCUGCGCUCACCGAUGCCGAUAUCUACCACCUGGCUAACUUGACGGGUCUGCCCCCCAAAAACAAGGAUGGGCACAAACCUACAGAUUUAAUGUAUCCUGCGCCUGACAUGCAGGACAUCUUCAACAGGACGGGACAUCAGCUGGAAGAGAUGCUCAUGAGCUGCAAUUUCAGUGGACAGAACUGUUCAGCCGAUGACUUCUCUGUGGUUUACACCAGAUAUGGGAAAUGCUACACUUUUAAUGGCAACAAGACCACAUCCAGGAAAACCAAGCAGGGCGGAAUGGGGAAUGGGCUGGAGAUCAUGUUGGAUAUCCAGCAGGAUGAGUAUCUGCCCAUCUGGAGAGAGACAAAUGAGACGUCCCUGGAGGCCGGCAUCCGAGUUCAGAUCCACAGUCAGGACGAGCCUCCCUACAUCCACCAGCUGGGCUUCGGCGUCUCUCCGGGCUUCCAGACCUUUGUUUCAUGUCAGGAGCAGAGGCUGACCUACCUGCCCCAGCCCUGGGGGAACUGCCGCUCCACCAGCAAAGAGAAGUUCCCGGGAUACGACACGUACAGCAUCAGUGCCUGCCGCCUGCUCUGCGAGACCAACGAGGUCCUGCGGGUGUGUAACUGCAGGAUGGUGCACAUGCCCGGAACUGCAGAUAUCUGCCCUCCCAGUAAAAUCAACUGUGUUGACAAAGCGCUCGCGCAGCAGCAGAAGAACACUGGGGAUACCUGUCCAUGCGAGACGCCGUGUAAUCUCACCCGCUACGGUAAAGAGCUCUCCAUGGUCAAAAUCCCAAGCAAGGGCUCCGCUCGCUAUCUCUCCAGGAAAUACGACAAGUCAGAGGACUACAUCAGAGACAACUUCUUGGUCUUGGACAUCUUCUUUGAAGCCCUGAACUAUGAAACAAUCGAGCAGAAGAAAGCCUACGAUGUUGCAGGUUUAUUAGGUGACAUCGGUGGACAGAUGGGCCUAUUCAUCGGAGCCAGCAUCCUGACAAUCCUAGAAAUUCUGGAUUACAUCUAUGAGGUGAUCAAGCGCCGGCUACAGCGCCUGCUGAGGCCGCAGAAAGAGGAGAAGAAGAGCAAGCAGCAGACGAGCACCGUUGCAACAGUGGGUCUGGAGGAGAUGAAGACAAAGGAGCCCAACGACAUGACAAGGAGUCACCCAGAGGGGGCGUACGCCAACACCAUCCUCCCCAACCACCACCUCCCUCAUCCUCACCCUCACCCUCACCCUCACCCUGUCCCUCACCCUCACCACCAUCACGCCGGGCACCACGGCGUGUUUGAGGACUUCGCCUGCUAGAGCCCACCAUCGUUUCCAGUCCUGGUGACACCAAAAGAUAAGAGCUGUCUGUGUUGAGAUCAAUAACAGACCCCUUGGCAUUUUCCGUCGGUCCUUUUGCUGUCACCAGUGAAAAGCUACAGCCAAAGUCGAACACUAAACUCGUGCUGCUAACAGAGCACCUGUACGUACAGUAUGUAGGCACAAAUCGGACACCGCUUUUUCUUUUGGUUUUCCUCUCCGGAUGGGACCCCUCUCAGCUUCGUCCAGCUUCACGUGAGAAGAAGAAGUCAGGCACUUUGUGAUUCCAGGACCAACAUUUGGUACAUGAUCACUGUAAGGGAAGAAGAGGAGGACUGCAUGCCACCUUGAUUCAGUUUAUACUCCAAAAAAGGGGAAAAGCAUAAUUUAUUUAGCUAGCAUCUCUGAUUUUUGGUAUCCGUCCAUUUACCUCCCCUCAAACUAUUCCUCCUGCGUCAUUGAAAAAACACACUGUACCAUAUCAAGCCAUCACACAUUAUAAAUUAUGUAAUUAUUUAAGGAGAUACUAUUAUCUAUAUGUUCUAUAUUGUAUACAAGAUGAGAAUACUUCAGUAAGCAAACCCUACUCGUGCUACAUCCAUCCGAAAUAUGAGGGGAAUUAUUUAGGCUGAACUGUAUGACCUUGGCUUAGAAGACCUAGCAGCAUCUUUCCACAUGAUACACUCUGUCUGGUUUGUGGUUAAAGGUGUUAGAGAGUAGCAUUGUACCUGUACAUAAAGUCCAACUUUAAAAAUGAGAAGGAUCUAAAAGUUCUGUUUCAAUGGUUGUUGUUUAUAUUCCGUUAAUAUAUAACUUAAGUAAUAUUAAUUUUAGUUAUUUAUACAUUUGAGAAAAAAGACUUUUAUAUGACAAUAUCACGAUUGUAGCAUUUACUGUACACUUACAAUCUGCAGACAGGUUAGACUGCCAAACAUCAACACAUCCUUCCAGGUGACAAAAAAACGGACCGACUAUCAUCUCCAUCGUUUCCUUUUUAUACGUUUGCUGCUUUUUUUUUUCCCCCCAAGACGGCACAUAAAUCCUCUGCAUACGGAUGAUGUUUUCAGUUAUGACACGUUGUACUUAAAUUAUUCUUCUUGUUCAUUUCUGCCGACCAUCCACUCUUCACUCUGGGUUAGCAUCCCAACUUUAAGCUGACAUAAGCAAUAAGAAACAGAUUUUUUUAUUUAUUUAUUUUUUAUUUUUUUUUGCAAAGUCAUCUCCUUCUGCAUGUGGGCCAGUAUCACUGUAAAAGUGUAGCAGCUAUUUACAGUGUGUGUGUGUGAGAGAGAGAGAGAGGGAGAGCGUGUGGUUGUGUGUGUGUUGGUUUGUUUGUUUGUUUGUUUGUUUGUUUGUUUGCAUGUGCACUUUAACAUUUUGCACACAUCACUGAGCACAUUGGACUGAUGCGACUCGGGGGAGCUGAUCCAUGAAAAAAAAAAUGUCAGAGUAGUUAGCAAGAAAGAGGAGUUUUGUUGCCGUAGAAGGAUUAGAGCAGCUUUUACAAUCGGAACCAAAACUGUACACAGGAGUUACACUUAGCUCUGGAGGCUGAAAUUUUCUGUAACUGAGCAGACGCAACAGUUUUAAAGAGCACAAGCUAUGAGAAGGUGGAAAUGUUCAGUAAAAAUUGAAAGUUAAUUCAUAAUCAUGUUUGUCAUUGUUGCCCUUAUGCACUGCAGGAACUUAACAACCCGUAACCUACAAAAUGAGACAUUCUCAUCAACAACACUAUGUCAUAUCACGAUAAUCUUUAUGGUAGGACAGUUAAGUAAGUAGCAAGUAAUGAAUAAAGCAGCUACAGAUUUUCUUUCUCUUUUAUGGGUGCUGCAGGCUGCUGCUCGAGCCAGCCGGUGUGCCCAAAACGUCAAGUCCCUCGAAGCGCUUCAUAGUUUUACAGUUGUUUCGUAUUUUCCAGUUCUUUACCUGCAUCAUUUGUCCAUGUGUUUACAGAUGUUGAGAAAUCAUUUGCUUGCAAUGGUUCUUUACCCAGACGUCUUUAAGCUGUGUUCUUUUUUAAUAUAUCUAUCAGUUGUAGGAGUAGUUGCUGUUCUUGUGCUUGUUUUGGUCACCUUCGUUGUAAUGUGACGACCCUGCGACCCUGUAAGUACUUGAAAUGCGUAUUUAGUGUCUACUUUUGCUUGGGGAUGAAACAAAAGUAGAACCUUUGACUAUGGUGGCACCCUUGGGUUACAUUACAUUAAGAUCCUGCUGUGUUAAACGGCUUUAGGUUGUUGUAUAGGUUUAUGUUUUAACUACAGGCUAGUGCUGAACUUUUAAGACUAGCUGGACGAGCUAAUCUAGGCAAUCUGGCACAACGGGAGGUGUGGAUCCAAGUCACUAUUUGAUGACUUCAGACUCGACAAAAUCAAUGAAAAACUGGUCUCCAAUUUGACUUUAACUAAUGACUUGUGACUUCAUUUGAAAAUCCCCCAAGCCAAAUUAUUAAAAGGUAGGCUAUAUUAUUUAUAAAGCGCACCAUGAAUCACUUCAUUUCCUGAAUCGACUGGGGUUGAUGAUAUUCAUUUCCAAAAAAGGCUCUGGUUAGAAAAUCACAGAUUGAGAUUCACCAAGCUUCCAACUUCUUUCAAGUUGCAAAUAGAGCUCUAAGUCAAGGCUGAUGUUAACAUGGUUCAGUUUUAGUUAAUGUUAGCAUAACAGUAUAAAGUAUCGCAGCAAUCCAUUGUCUACCAAAGAGCCCCUGUAGUUUGUCAGCACCACGGGCUCAGUUUCAGCAGGCAGUCGUACAGCGACGACCUGUUUAAACUGGCGAGUGUUAAAUUAACCAAAAGUAAUUUCCUGGAGAAAGAUAGGUGACUGUUGAGUGUCAUCCUCAGGUGGUAAGGCUUUGGCCGGCCAUCUGACCCGAGCUGCAAGCCCAAAGCUUCAGUAUUUGACAAACUGCGGAUGAUACUCUACAAUCAGCUGUCUCUCUCCAGGAGGUUACAUUUUGUUGCUCUGAAAGGUUUCCUCCCCGUCCUCGUGCUUUGAUGGCAAAGCUUUGCCAACGCUACAGCAGUGAACUUGCAAUGUAAUGUUACGUUAAUGUCACUCCAUUCAUUUAAAACCACACACGAUUAGUGUAAAUUUGGUGAAGAGCACAUCAUCACUUGUUUAGGACUCUAAGCGCAGAGUUUAGGACUUGAGACUUGCAAAACUCUGAACUUGGUCCUCCCUGCUGCUCCUCCCUUCUAAUCCCUUUGUCUUACUGGGCUUCAAUUUAAUGUCAGUGACAUCACCGUUUGCAAAUGUUUGCUCAGCUCCGUAUUCAUCACCACUGAACCAUGUCGGGACGCAGUCAUGAAUGUGCUUUCAGAAAUGAUGUAAUGCCUGAGAUGUGGUCUUUCUUUUAAUUAACUCUGACCUGAAAAAUGUGAGACAUGUUGCUUUAUUGCUGUCUAUUAUUUAUCCAUUUAUAUAUUUGACAAAGCUGGCGUCCAACAAAGGACACAACCAUUUGCAACACAUGACUGCGUGCGCUACAUCACUAGACGAAUAUUUUGAUUUCGCUGGGGAUGUUGAUCAAGUUUUUCCCCCUCAUAGUGAGCUAGCAGCUCAUUCACUCUCCAAACUUUAGAGAUACUGACUUUGUUUGGCUAACUUUUACAGUUUAACCUGCACAGUAUAUCAGUGACAGGCCUUUGACAAUCCACUCUGUAACUCGCAACAUUUGUCGAGGAAAAAAUUGUAUUAAAUACUUCACACUGCAGGAUAUCAUGUUUAGGGAACGACAGCAUAAUUGUUCCGUUAACUUGAUCGGUGCGUUCUGCUGCCGCAACAUUGCUGUACAUCACUUUUAGCUCACAAUGAGAUUCCACAGUCCUUCAUCCGUCAAAUCCCCUCCCCCUGUCAAGUAAUCAUGGGCUAUACAUGGCUGUUUAAUAUUCAUAAUCAUGUGUCACUUUGACAUUUUCAAAAGGUUCCCAAUCACAGUCUCUGAUGGCAUCCUGUACAGGCUAUGCAUAACAAUCUUCUCCUCUGUCAUCAAUAAUUGUAGCUAUCCUCAGACAAGUCACACAGGCGCCGAUGUGUCGAGAUGAAUACGAGGCUGCAUUAUCACUGUCGAGUUCUGUUUGAAUGGUAGGGCCUGGAGUCGAUGUGGAAAGGAGUUGUUUUUUUUUUGUUUUGUUUUGUUUUUUGUUUUUAUCCUCCAGAUGUUGUGUUUUUCAGCUACAACCUGAUUAAAUCUGUCUGUUAAAACACAGAUAUGAGUCGAUUACAUAGAGUUGAUUUUACAGUCUGCGUGAGGUGCCGCGGGGGCCGAGAGGUGGGCGGCAGGUCUGCACUGUAGCAGAUGGGACAACCUCCCCGCUUGACAGCAUGUAGCUCACAUUCCUCGGAUUCCUCAAGCCUCUACUUCUUGCACAGCUCUUUGGGGCCUACCUUUUUAUAGCUCCGUGACGUUCAGCCUUGUAUGUGAUUAUGACAUUAUCCAUAAAGAUCGAUUCAAUCCGUCCGGGCCACUGAUGUUAAGUUUUGAAUGUGUGCUGUUAUGUCCUUUUUUUCCAGCUGUUUAUUUUUAGCUGAAAGGUCACUGAGGGGGAUAUUUUAAAGGGGGGGAAAAAAAAAAGCAGCUGUCAGGAAUUCAUAAGUACAGAUAUCAUCAGUCAUCUGACAGAGAUGGAAAUGGACCGUCACCGCAGCAACAAGAGACGCUUACAUUUUGUACAGAAAGUGUGAUCUUGUGAUUAUUUCCUCUGUUAAAACACAUUUUAUAAAUGUUAAAUAUGGUAAAUACGAUAACUAUUAAAGUUUAGAUUGGUAAAACCAGUGCCUCCUAAGUCCAGAGCCCAGUUCACUUUGUCACUCCAUGUUGUCCAUUUGCUUUUCUUUACAUUCAAAAUGUAGUUGAAUCUUUCCCAUCCAUUUUAAAAGCCUCUUCACCACUGACCUGUUAUUUAAAAACAAAAUAUAUAUGGUAACACUUCAUUUUACAAGUCUGCAUAUUUGUUGGUAUGAGCUUGUUUGUUUUAC